CCCUGACCCAGCCGCCACUAUUUACGCAUCGUAUUUAGGGAGGUCCCGGGAAACCCACGACAGCCUCAGAAACCCACCAACAUCCAGAAUGCACGUUCCCGAUCUGGAGCUAGCGGUCCCCGUUCUCAAGACCCUGCCCGAGUGCGCCGAUUUCACGAAAACUGUCUCGCCAUUCCUCCCGCAGCUCUACGCACUGCCCCAGCAAAUUUUCGACCGCAUCAACGACCUCGGUGCACUGAGAGAGCUGUAUACGUCGACAAAUCCGCUGAUAACGGCGCUCGCAUUCUCACUGUUUCUAGCUGGAGUUGUGUUGAUCGUUUCCGAGGCCAACAGGAACUACUCGCAGGUAGAUAGGUUAUGGAGCAUCAUCCCCGUGGUGUAUAAUUGCCACUAUGCAUUGUGGGCACACCUUGUGGGGCUCCGUUCGCAGAGGCUAGAUCACGUUAUGGCAGUUUCAAUACUGUGGGGAGCAAGGUUGACGUUCAAUUACUGGCGCAAAGGCGGGUAUUCCGUUGGCUCGGAAGAUUAUAGAUGGGAGUACGUUAAGAACUACGCCGGGCCUACUUGGAUGUUCAUCUUUAACAUUGGAUUCAUUUCUCUAGGACAAUGCCUCCUGCUAUUCGCCAUCACAUCCCCAACCUACAUCCUCCUCCUCACCUCCCGCCUCACCCCGGACACCAUGUCCACCUACGACAAUCUCUUCUCCCGCCUAAUGUUCUUCCUCGUGCUCGUCGAAUUCUUCGCUGACCAGCAACAAUGGACCUUCUACCUUGCACGCACUAAAUACCGUGCCACCGCUAAACUCCCCAAAGACCAAAAAUUCACCCGCGAGCAGCUCGACCGAGGUUUCAACACAACCGGCCUCUUUGCGUGGUCUCGACACCCGAAUUUUGCGGCCGAGCAGGCCGUGUGGGUGUGCUUGUAUCAGUGGUGUUGUUGCGAGACGUUUACGUAUAUGAAUUGGACGUUUGCGGGCGCUAUGGGGUAUCUUUUGCUUUUCCAGGCAAGCACCUGGUUUACGGAGUGGAUCUCGACGAGAAAGUAUCCGGAGUAUAAGGUUUAUCAGCAGAGGGUUGGGAAGUUUUUGCCGAGGUUGAUUACAAGAGGUAUGGAUGAGGUGAAGAAACCAGAGGAGAAUGCUAAGGAGGGGAAGGAAGCGAAGAGUCUGAAGGAUAUUAGGGUUGGGGGUAAGACAAAGAAGAGGUGAAUUGCACUUUAAUAUUGUAUUGAGGGAGCCUCAUCGAUCAGAAAAAGAUGAAUGCAGUGGACUUAGAUUGCCACCAUAAGCGAGAUUAUGCUGCAUAUCAACAUUCUCAUCAAGACACUGGCAAGUAUUCUAACUGUAUCCGGAAUCUGCAUCCUCUUAGAAGGGAACAUCCCUUGUUUCUAUCAAUUAGGUGCACAUAUACAGGCAUCCCUGUUUAUGUACCAAAUGAAAACGCU